AUGUCAGACCAAACAGCAACUAUUGCUUCCCUUUGUGUUUCCACUCUUCAAUCUCUCAUCGUAUUCGCUGCUAAUUUUCUCACCAUAGCUGUAUUUUGGAUUCACCGAAACAAACUAAGACGAACUUACUUACUUCUGAUCAAUUUGGCCGUAGCCGAUCUUCUCGUUGGAUUCGCAUACAUGACACCAUAUUUGAAGGCGUUAGCACUUCCUAGUUACAUUAAAAAAUCUAAACUUAAUGUCAUGACUUAUGAUUAUCUUGUAAUCCAAUUUCAAGUUACAUUUUUAAGUACAUCGAUGUUCUUUCUGGUUCUUAUUUCUCUGGAACGUGCAUUUGCUUUGAUUUGGCCGCUUGUUCAUCGAACAACAAGCACGAAGACGUUCAUCUACGGUGUCGUCGCCGCUUGGUUAGCAGGUGUUUCUUUGGAUUCAUUAACCUGGCUGGUUAGCUACGGUAUCUUUGAGAUUUCUCACUAUACCCUCACAUUUUCAAUCGUAAUCGUCUUAUCACUAGCAACGAUGUGCACAUCAUACCUAGCAAUCCGAAAAAAACUUAAUCGCAGUGACCCUACAAUCGAAACAACACAUCAGCGACAAAUCGUUGAGCAAAACACAAGAAACUUUCCAAAACUUUAG